GGGCCACUCGGAGCAGCUCCGCCGCGGGGACUGCACCGCCCGCCCUGCCGGACCCGCCCCGACCGGGGCUCGCCGCCCGCAGCAGCCGCAGCACCGCGACCUCGGGCCCCGCGCUGGCUAUGGCUGUGCCCUGGGGCUGAGCGCGCAGGCUGUGUGACCGAGAUUCCCAAGAGAGAGACACUCCGAGGAGAGGAGAGGAGAGGAAGGAGGGGCGGGCUCCUGGCAAGGCAUCCGCUCCUGAGCCAAGUCCUGCGAAGAUGGAGAAGGAGGAAGAGACAACCCGGGAGCUGCUGCUGCCCAACUGGCAGGGCAGCGGCUCCCACGGGCUGACCAUCACCCAGAGGGACGACGGUGUCUUUGUGCAGGAGGUGAUGCAGAACUCCCCUGCGGCCCGCACUGGGGUGGUCAAGGAGGGGGACCAGAUUGUUGGUGCCACCAUCUACUUUGACAACCUGCAGUCAGGAGAGGUGACCCAGCUGCUGAACACCAUGGGGCACCACACCGUGGGCCUGAAGCUGCAUCGCAAGGGGGACCAUUCCCCUGAGCCUGGCCAGACCUGGACCCACGAAGUCUUCAGCUCCCACAGCUCUGAAGUGGUUCUGAGCGGGGAUGACGAGGAGUACCAGCGCAUCUACACCACGAAGAUCAAGCCUCGGCUGAAGCCAGAGGAUGGAGUGGAAGGGGAGCCUGGGGAGACCCAGAGCCGCACCAUCACGGUGACUAGGAGGGUCACAGCCUACACUGUGGAUGUGACAAGCCGCGAAGGAGCCAAGGACAUUGACAUCAGCAGCCCUGAGUUCAAGAUCAAGAUUCCACGGCACGAACUGACUGAAAUCUCCACUGUGGAUGUGGAGACCCAGCCUGGGAAGACAGUGAUCAGACUGCCCUCGGGCUCGGGGGCACUGUCCCCCACCACAGGCUCCACUGUGGACAUCCAAACAGGGUCCAUUUCCACUUCAGGACCAGAGCUCCAAGGUGCUGACCACUCGAAGGUCCAGGUCACCGUGCCUGGGAUAAAGGUGGGAAGCCCGGGUGUUAGUGUCAGUGCAAAGGGCUUGGACUUAGGUAGCAAAGGAGGGGUCCAAGUCCCAGGGGUGGACGUUUUGUCUUCUCUUGGGGGUGGGGCAGCAGAGUGGCAGGGCCCAGCUCUUGAGAGUGGCAAUAAUGGGAAAAUUAAAUUUCCCUCCAUGAAGCUGCCAAAAUUUGGUGUCUCAACAGGGCUUGAGGGUCAGGCCCCAGAGGCAGGGUUGAGCGUUUCUGCCCCUGAAUUCUCUGUGGGGCACAAGGGUGGCAAGCCAGGCUUGACCAUUGGCGGGAACAUCCAGACCCCUCAGCUAGAAGUCAGUGGUCCCUCUGCCAGUAUUAAGGGGUUUGAGGGGAAGCUGAAGGGCCCCCAAAUCACUGGGCCAUCCCUUGAGGGUGACCUGGGCCUGAAAGGUACCAAGCCACAGGGGAGUUCAAGGGUGGACAUCUCUGUGCCCAAAAUCGAGGGCAGCAUCGCUGGCUCCAGGGUGGAAGUUCAAACUCCUAACAUUGAUAUUCAUGGGCCAGGGGGCAAACUGAAUAUGCCCAAGGUGAAGGCCCCCAAAUUCUCUGUAUCAGGUUCUAAGGGAGAGGGAGCUGGCAUUGAUGUUACACUUCCUGGGGUCUCUGGGGAUGUUGGCCUGCCUGAGGUUGCUUCUGGGGGGCUGGAAGGGAAGAUGAAAGGUCCUAAAAUCAAGACUCCUGAAAUGAUUGUUCAGACACCUAAAAUCUCCAUGCAGGAUGUGGAUCUGAGCCUCAGGUCCCCUAAACUGAAAGGAGACAUUAAGGUUUCUGCUCCUGGGGUUCAAGGUGAUAUUAAAGGCCCUCAAGUGGCAGUUAAAGGUGCCAAAGUGGACACAGAGACACCCAGCCUAGAGGGGACCAUGACUGGCCCCAAGUUUAGGGGUUCUUCUGGGGAAGAAGGAACCUGUAAGAUCUCUAUGGCAGAUGUAGACUUAAAUGUGGCUGCACCAAAGGUGAAAGGGGGUGUGGAUGUCAUGCUUCCAAAAGUAGAGGAGAAAGUCAGUGUCCCUGAAGUUGAUGUCAGAGGCCCCAAAGUGGAUGUCAGUGCCCCAGAUGUGGACAUUCAUGGUCUGGACUGGAACCUGAAAAUGCCCAAGAUGAAAAUGCCCAAGUUCAGCACUCCAGGAGUUAAAGGGGAAGGGCCAGAUGUAGAUGUGAAUCUCCCCAAAGGUGAUGUCAGUAUUUCAGGGCCCAAGAUCAGUGUGGAAGCCCCAAAUGUGAACACAGGGGGCCCGGUGGGCAACCUUAAAGGCCCUGAUGUUCAGCUGCCUGAAGUGAGUGUCAAGACACCAAAGAUCACCAUGCCUGAUGUGGAUUUGCAUGUGAAAGGCCCAAAGGUAAAAGGAGAGUAUGAUGUAACAGCAACAGAACUUGAAGGAGAGCUGAAAGGCCCCAAAGUGGACAUUGAUGCCCCUGAUGUGGACGUUCAUGGCCCAGACUGGCACCUGAAGAUGCCCAAGAUGAAAAUGCCCAAAUUCACUGUGCCAGGAAUCAAAGCAGAGGGCCCUGAAGUGAAUGUAAACCUGCCUGAGCCUGAUGUGGACAUUUCUGGGCCCAAGGUAGAUGUCUGUGCUCCAGAUGUGAGUAUUGAGGGACCAGAGGGGAAAUUGAAAGGACCCAAGUUUAAGAUGCCUGAGAUGAAUAUCAAAGCCCCAAAGAUCUCCAUACCAGAUGUGGACUUACAUUUGAAAGGCCCUAGUGUAAAAGGAGAAUAUGAUGUCACAGUACCAAAGGUUGAAGGUGAGAUUAAAGUUCCUGAUGUUGAACUUAAAAGUGCCAAACUGGACAUUGAUGCUCCAGAUGUGGAUGUUCAUGGCCCAGACUGGCACCUGAAGAUGCCCAAAAUGAAAAUGCCCAAGUUCAGCAUGCCCGGCCUCAAAGCAGAGGUCCCAGAAGUGGAUGUGAACCUGCCCAAGACUGACAUUGACAUCGCUGGACCCAAGGUGGAUGUUGAACUUCCAGAUGUGAAUAUUGAAGGACCUGAAGGAAAGCUGAAGGGUCCCAAGUUUAAGAUGCCUGAGGUGAAUAUCAAGGCCCCCAAGAUCUCCAUGCCUGAUGUAGAUUUGCAUAUGAAAGGUCCCAAGGUAAAGGGGGAAUAUGAUGUUACAGUGCCAAAGCUGGAAGGGGACCUGAAGGGGCCAAAGGUAGACAUCAGUGCCCCAGAUGUUGGAGUUCACAGUCCUGAUUGGAACCUAAAGAUGCCAAAGAUGAAAAUGCCCAGAUUCACCAGGCCCAGCCUUAAAGGAGAGGGCCCAGAAUUGGAUGUGAACCUGCCCAAGGCUGAUGUCGACAUUUCUGCAUGCAAGGUAGAUAUUAGUGCUCCAGAUCUGAGCCUUGAAGGACCAGAAGGGAAGUUGAAAGGCCCCAAGUUUAAGAUGCCUGAGAUGCACUUCAAAGCUCCCAAGAUGACCCUGCCAGAUGUUGACAUGGAUUUUAAAGGACCCCAAAUGAAAGGGAAUCUAGAUGUGUCUGCACCAAAAAUAGAAGGUGAGAUGAAAGCUCCACAUGUGGACAUCAAAGGCCCCAAAGUAGAUGUUAAAGCACCAGAUGUGGAAGUUCAGGAUGCAGACUGGAGUGUGAAAAUGCCCAAGAUGAAAAUGCCUAAAUUCAGCAUGCCAAGCUUCAAAGGCGAGGGCCCAGAUGUGGACAUGAAACAGCCCAAAGCUGACAUUGAUGUCUCAGGACCCAAGGUGGACAUUGAAGCCCCAGAUGUGAGCCUGGAGGGGCCAGAAGGAAAGCUUAAGGGUCCCAAGUUUAAAAUGCCUGAGAUGCACUUCAGGGCCCCCAAGAUCUCCAUGCCUGAUGUGGACUUACACUUGAAAGGCCCCAAAGUCAAAGGGGAUGUGGAUGUGUCUGUGCCCAAGAUAGAAGGUGAAAUGAAAGUGCCCGAUGUGGACAUCAAAGGCCCCAAAGUGGAUGUUGAUGUCCCAGAUGUGGACGCUCAAGGCCCCGACUGGCAGCUGAAGAUGCCCAAGAUGAAAAUGCCCAAGUUCAGCGUGCCCGGCUUCAAAGGAGAGGGCCCUGAAGUGGACGUGAAUCCACCCAAGGCGGAUAUUGAUGUCUCAGGACCCAAGAUGGACAUUGAAGCCCCAGAUGUGAGCCUUGAGGGGCCGGAAGGGAAGCUCAAGGGUCCCAAGUUUAAGAUGCCUGAGAUGCACUUCAAGGCCCCCAAGAUCUCCAUGCCUGAUAUAGAUUUACACUUGAAAGGCCCCAAAGUCAAAGGUGAUGUGGAUGUUUCUGUGCCCAAGAUAGAAGGUGAAAUGAAAGUGCCAGAUACGGACAUGAAAGGCCCCAAAGUGGAUGUUGAUGUCCCAGAUGUGGAUGUUCAAGGCCCCGACUGGCACCUGAAGAUGCCCAAGAUGAAAAUGCCCAAGUUCAGCAUGCCUGGCUUCAGAGGAGAGGGCCCAGAAGUGGAUGUCAACCUACCCAAGGCUGACAUUGAUGUCUCAGGACCCAAGGUGGACAUUGAAGCCCCAGACGUGAGCCUGGAGGGGCCAGAAGGAAAGCUUAAGGGUCCCAAGUUUAAGAUGCCUGAGAUGCACUUCAAGGCCCCCAAAGUCUCCAUGCCUGAUGUGGACUUACACUUGAAAGGCCCCAGAGUCAAAGGGGAUGUGGAUGUGUCUGUGCCCAAGAUAGAAGGUGAAAUGAAAGUGCCCGAUGUGGACAUCAAAGGCCCCAAAGUGGAUGUUGAUGUUCCAGAUGUGGAUGUUCAAGGCCCCGACUGGCAGCUGAAGAUGCCCAAGAUGAAAAUGCCCAAGUUCAGCAUUCCUGGCUUCAGAGGAGAGGGCCCUGAUGUAGAUGUGAACCUGCCCAAAGCUGACAUUGAUGUCUCAGGACCCAAGGUGGACAUUGAAGCCCCAAAUGUGAGCCUUGAGGGGCCAGAAGGAAAGCUUAAGGGUCCCAAGUUUAAGAUGCCUGAGAUGCACUUCAAGGCCCCCAAGAUCUCCAUGCCUGAUAUAGACUUACACUUGAAAGGCCCCAAAAUCAAAGGGGAUGUGGAUGUGUCUGUGCCCAAGAUAGAAGGUGAAAUGAACGUGCCCGAUGUGGACAUCAAAGGCCCCAGAGUGGAUGUUGAUGUCCCAGAUGUGGAUGCUCAAGGCCCCGACUGGCAUCUGAAGAUGCCCAAGAUGAAAAUGCCCAAAUUCAGCAUGGCUGGCUUCAAAGGAGAGGCCCCUGAAGUGGAUGUGAACCUGCCUAAAGCUGACAUUGACAUCUCUGAACCCAAAGUUGAGAUUGAAGCCCCAGAUAUGAGCCUUGAAGGUCCAGAAGGGAAGCUCAGGGGUCCUAAGUUUAAGAUGCCUGAGAUGCACUUCAAGCCUCCGAAGAUCUCCAUGCCUGACAUUGAUUUAAACCUCAAGAGCCCCAAGGUGAAAGGUGAUGUGGAUGUUUCUCUGCCCAAAGUUGAAGGGGGUCUGAAAGGACCAGAGGUUGACAUCAAAGGUCCCAAAGUGGACAUUGAUGUCCCCGAUGUGGAUGUUCAUGGCCCAGACUGGCACCUGAAGAUGCCCAAGAUAAAAAUGCCCAAGAUCAGCAUGCCCGGCUUCAAAGGAGAGAGCCCUGAAGUGGAUGUGAACCUGCCUAAAGCUGACAUUGAUGUCUCAGGACCCAAGGUGGAUGUUGAAGUUCCAAAUGUGAAUAUUGAUGGUCCAGAUGCAAAACUAAAAGGUCCUAAAUUUAGGUUGCCAGAAAUGAAUAUAAAGCCUCAGAAGAUAUCCAUGCCUGAUGUUAGUCUGCAUUUGAAAGGCCAUAAAAUGAAAGGAGAUUAUGAUGUUACGGUUCCAAAAGUAGAAGGAGAGGUUAAAGCUCCUGACAUUGACAUUGAAGGUCCAAAAGUAGACAUUAAUGCACCAGAUGUGGGAGUUCAUGGUCCAGACUGGCACCUGAAGAUGCCCAAGAUAAAAAUGCCCAAGAUCAGCAUGCCUGGCUUCAAAGGAGAGGGCCCAGAAGUGGAUGUGAACCUACCCAAGGCUGACAUUGAUGUGUCAGGACCCAAGGUGGACACUGAUGUUCCAGAUGUGAAUAUUGAAGGUCUAGAGGGGAAACUAAAGGGUCCCAAGUUCAAGAUGCCAAGCAUGCAUAUACAAACACACAAAAUCUCUAUGCCUGAUGUUGGACUUAAUCUGAAAGCCCCUAAACUGAAAACUGAUGUAGAUGUUUCUCUUCCCAACGUGGAAGGAGACUUGAAAGGUCCUGGAAUUGACAUAAAACCCCCUAAAAUGGAUGUGGAUGUUGGUGAUAUAGAUGUUGAAUGUCCAGAAGGAAAGCUUAAGGGUCCCAAGUUUAAGAUGCCUGAGAUGCACUUCAAAGCCCCCAAGAUCUCCAUGCCUGAUGUGGACUUAAACUUGAAAGGCCCCAGAGUCAAAGGGGAUGUGGAUGUGUCUGUGCCCAAGAUAGAAGGUGAAAUGAAAGUGCCCGAUGUGGACAUCAAAGGCCCCAAAGUGGACGUUGAUGUCCCAGAUGUGGAUGUUCAAGGCCCCGACUGGCACCUGAAGAUGCCCAAGAUGAAAAUGCCCAAGUUCAGCAUGGCUGGUUUCAAAGGAGAGGGCCCUGAUGUAGACGUGAACCUACCAAAGGCUGACAUUAAUGUUUCUGGCCCCAAAGUGGACAUUGAUACUCCUGAUUUGGAUAUUGAGGGACCAGAAGGAAAAUUAAAAGGUUCUAAAUUUAAGAUGCCUAAGUUGAAUAUCAAAGCUCCCAAGAUAUCCAUGCCAGAUGUGGACUUGAAUUUGAAGGGACCCAAACUGAAAGGAGAGAUGGAUGCUUCUGUGCCAGAACUAGAAGGUGAUCUCAAAGGUCCGCAAGUUGAUAUCAAAGGUCCUAGUGUGGAUGUGGAGGUGCCUGACGUUGAUCUGGAAUAUCCUGAUGCAAAGUUGAAAGGACCUAAGUUUAAGAUGCCUGAGAUGCACUUCAAGGCCCCCAAGAUCUCCAUGCCAGAUGUGGACUUACACUUGAAAGGCCCCAAAGUCAAAGGGGAUGUGGAUGUGUCUGUGCCCAAGAUAGAAGGUGAAAUGAAAGUGCCCGAUGUGGACAUCAAAGGCGCCGAAGUGGACAUUGAUGUCCCAGAUGUGGACGUCCAGGGCCCAGACUGGCACCUGAAGAUGCCCAAGAUGAAAAUGCCUAAAUUCAGCAUGCCUGGCUUCAAAGGCCAAGGCCCAGAUGUGGAUGUGAACCUGCCCAAGGCUGACAUUGAUGUCUCAGGGCCCAAGGUGGACAUUGAAACCCCAGACGUGAGCCUUGAGGGGCCAGAAGGAAAGCUUAAGGGUCCCAAAUUUAAGAUGCCUGAGAUGCACUUCAAGGCCCCCAAGAUCUCCAUGCCUGAUGUGGACUUAAACUUGAAAGGCCCUAAAGUCAAAGGGGAUGUGGAUGUGUCUGUGCCCAAGAUAGAAGGUGAAAUGAAAGUGCCCGAUGUGGACAUCAAAGGCCCCAAAGUGGAUGUUGAUGUUCCAGAUGUGGAUGUUCAAGGCCCCGACUGGCAGCUGAAGAUGCCCAAGAUGAAAAUGCCCAAAUUCAGCAUGCCUGGCUUCAGAGGAGAGGGCCCUGAAGUGGAUGUGAAUCUGCCCAAAGCUGACAUAGACGUCUCAGGACCCAAGAUGGACAUUGAAGCCCCAGAUGUGAACCUUGAGGGUCCAGAAGGAAAGCUUAAGGGUCCCAAGUUUAAGAUGCCUGAGAUGCACUUCAAGGCCCCCAAGAUCUCCAUGCCUGAUGUAGACUUACACUUGAAAGGCCCUAAAGUCAAAGGGGAUGUGGAUGUGUCUGUGCCCAAGAUAGAAGGUGAAAUGAAGGUGUCAGGUGUGGACAUCAAAGGGCCCAACGUGCACACUGAUGUCUCAGAUGUGGAUGUUCAAGGCCCUGAUUGGCACCUGAAGAUGCCCAAGGUGAAAAUGCCGAAGUUCAGCAUGCCUGGCUUCAAAGGUGAAGGCCCAGAAGUGGAUGUGAACCUGCCUAAAGCUGACAUUGAUGUCUCAGGACCCAAGGUGGACAUUGAAGGCCCUGAUGUUAAUAUUGAAGGACCAGAGGGAAAGUUGAAAGGUCCUAAGUUCAAGAUGCCAGAGAUGAACAUCAAAGCCCCCAAGAUCUCCAUGCCUGACUUUGAUUUGCACCUGAAAGGUCCUAAGGUGAAAGGAGAUGUGGAUGUUUCUGUGCCUAAGAUGGAAGGUGACCUAAAGGCCCCUGAAGUUGACAUCAAAGGCUCCAAAGUGGACAUUGAUGUUUCAGAUGUGGACGUUCACGGCCCAGACUGGCACCUGAAGAUGCCCAAGAUAAAAAUGCCCAAGAUCAGCAUGCCUGGCUUCAAAGGAGAAGGCCCAGAAGUGGAUGUGAACCUUCCCAAGGCCAACAUUGAUGUGUCAGGACCCAAAGUGGACAUUGAAGGCCCUGAUGUUAACAUUGAAGGACCAGAAGAAAAGUGGAAAAGUCCGAAGUUUAAAAUGCCUGAAAUGCAUUUUAAGACUCCAAAGAUACACAUGCCAGAUAUUGAUCUUAAUCUAAUAGGUCCAAAGAUGAAAGGAGAUGUGGAUAUCACAUGCCCCAAGGUAGAGGGAGAUUUUAAAGGACCUGAAGUUGACCUCAAAGGCUCCAAAGUGGACGUUGAUGUCCCUGAUGUGGAUGUUCAAGGCCCAGACUGGCACCUAAAGAUGCCGAAGAUGAAAAUGCCCAAGUUCAGCAUGCCUGGCUUCAAAGGAGAGGGCCCAGAAGUGGAUGUGAACCUGCCCAAGGCUGACAUUGAUGUGUCAGGGCCCAAAGUGGACAUUGAAGGCCCUGAUGUUAACAUUGAAGGACCAGAGGGAAAGUUGAAAGGUCCUAAGUUCAAGAUGCCAGAGAUGAACAUCAAAGCCCCCAAAAUCUCCAUGCCUGACUUUGAUUUGCACCUGAAAGGUCCUAAGGUGAAAGGAGAUGUGGAUGUUUCUGUGCCUAAGGUGGAAGGUGACCUAAAGGCCCCUGAAGUUGACAUCAAAGGCCCCAAAGUGGACCUUGAUGUCCCUGAUGUGGAUGUUCAAGGCCCAGACUGGCACCUGAAGAUGCCCAAGAUGAAAAUGCCCAAGAUCAGCAUGCCCAGCUUCAAAGGAGAGGGCCCCGAAGUGGAUGUGAACCUGCCCAAAGCUGACAUUGAUGUGUCAGGACCCAAGGUGGACAUUGAAGGCCCUGAUGUUAAUAUUGAAGGACCAGAGGGAAAGUUGAAAGGUCCUAAGUUCAAGAUGCCAGAGAUGAAUAUCAAAGCCCCCAAGAUCUCCAUGCCUGACAUUGAUCUUAAUCUGAAGGGCCCCAAACUGAAGGGUGAUGUGGAUGUGUCUUUACCAAAAGUGGAAGGUGAGCUUAAAGUUCCUGAAGUUGACAUGAAGGGCCCCAAAGUGGACAUUGAUGCUCCAGAUGUGGACGUUCAUGGUCCAGACUGGCACCUGAAGAUGCCUAAGAUAAAAAUGCCCAAGAUCAGCAUGCCUGGCUUCAGAGGAGAGGGCCCAGAAGUGGAUGUGAACCUGCCCAAGGCUGACAUAGAUGUCUCAGGACCCAAGGUGGACAUUGAUGUUCCAGAUGUGAAUAUUGAAGGUCCAGAUGCAAAACUGAAGGGUCCCAAGUUCAAGAUGCCAGAGAUGAAUGUCAAAGCUCCUAAGAUAUCAAUGCCAGAUUUGGACCUUAAUCUUAAAGACCCUAAAAUGAAAGGAGAGGUGGAUAUUUCACUUCCAAAUGUAGAAGGUGAUUUGAAAGGGCCUUCUCUUGGCAUCAAAGGACCGAAGAUAGAGGUAGAUGCGCCAGAUAUUGAUAUUCAUGGCCCAGAAGGCAAAUUAAAAGGUCCAAAGCUGAAGAUGCCUGAUAUGCAUGUAAACAUGCCCAAGAUCUCCAUGCCAGAAAUUGACCUGAAUUUGAAAGGCUCAAAACUUAAGGGAGAUGUUGAUGUUUCUGGACCCAAAUUGGAAGGUGACAUUAAAGCUCCCAAGUUAGAUGUAAAGGGCCCAGAAGUGGACAUUUCUGGUCCUAAGCUCAAUAUUGAAGGCAAGUCAAAGAAAUCUCGCUUUAAGCUUCCCAAAUUUAAUUUUUCAGGCUCCAAAGUUCAGACACCUGAGGUAGAUGUCAAAGUCAAAAAGCCAGAUAUUGAUGUAACAGGUCCAAAAGUUGACAUUAAUGCUCCCGAUAUUGAGGUCCAAGGAAAAGUGAAAGGACCCAAGUUCAAAAUGCCUUUCCUGAGUAUUUCGUCUCCUAAAGUGUCUAUGCCUGAUGUGGAGUUAAAUCUGAAAGGUCCUAAAGUCAAAGGAGACUUAGAUGUUGCAGGUCCUAAUUUAGAAGGUGAUUUUAAAGGACCCAAAGUGGACAUUAAGGCACCAGAAGUUCAUCUUGAUGCACCUGAUGUGGAUGUUCAUGGUCCAGACUGGAAUUUGAAAAUGCCCAAGAUGAAAAUGCCCAAGUUCAGUGUGCCUGGCUUAAAAGCAGAAGGGCCAGAUAUGGCUGUGGAUCUGCCAAAAGGAGAUAUCAACAUAGAGGGUCCCAGAAUGGACAUUGAGGGCCCAGAAAUCAAUGCGGAAGGUCUAGAGGGAGGCUUAAAAGGUCCCAAAUUCAAGAUGCCUGAUAUGAAUAUCAAAGCUCCCAAGGUCUCCAUGCCUGAUAUGGACUUACACUUGAAAGGCCCCAAAGUCAAAGGGGAUGUGAAUGUGUCUGUGCCCAAGAUAGAAGGUGAAAUGAACGUGCCAGGUGUGGACAUCAAAGGGCCCAAAGUGGACGUUGAUGUCCCAGAUGUGGAUGUUCAAGGCCCUGACUGGCACCUGAAGAUGCCCAAGGUGAAAAUGCCCAAGUUCAGCAUGCCUGGCUUCAAAGGAGAGGGCCCUGAAGUGGAUGUGAACCUGCCCAAAGCUGACAUUGGUAUUUCUGGCCCCAAAGUGGACAUUGAUGCCCCAGAUGUGAAUAUUGAAGGUCCAGAUGCGAAACUGAAGGGCCCCAAAUUCAAGAUGCCAGAGAUGAACAUCAAAGCUCCCAAAAUGUCCAUGCCUGACCUUGACUUUAACCUGAAGGGCCCCAAACUAAAGGGUGAUGUGGAUGUGACUUUGCCAAAAGUGGAAGGUGACCUCAAGGCCCCUGAGGUGGACAUCAAGGGCCCCAAAGUGGACAUUGAAACUCCUGAUAUUAACAUUGAAGGCCCAGAGGGGAAAUUGAAGGGGCCCAAAUUCAAGAUGCCAGAGAUGCACCUGAAGGCGCCCAAGAUCUCCAUGCCUAACAUUGAUUUAAACCUGAAGGGGCCCAAGGUGAAGGGUGAUAUAGAUGUUUCCCUUCCCAAGACUGAAGGAGAUCUGAAAGGCCCUGAGAUCGACAUCAAAGGUCCCAAAGUGGACACUGAUGCUCCAGAUGUGGAUACUCAAGGCCCAGACUGGCACCUGAAGAUGCCCAAGAUAAAAAUGCCCAAGAUCAGCAUGCCUGGCUUCAAAGGAGAGGGCCCAGAAGUGGAUGUGAACCUCCCCAAGACCAACACUGAUGUGUCAGGACCCAAGAUGGACAUUGAAGGCCCUGAUGUCAACAUUGAAGGACCUGAGGGAAAGUUGAAAGGUCCUAAGUUCAAGAUGCCAGAGAUGAACAUCAAAGCCCCCAAGAUCUCCAUGCCUGACUUUGAUUUGCACCUGAAAGGUCCUAAAGUGAGAGGAGAUGUGGAUGUUUCUGUGCCUAAGGUGGAAGGUGACCUAAACGCCCCUGGCGUUGACUUCAAAGGCCCCAAAGUGGAUAUUGAUGUCCCAGAUGUGGAUGUGCAUGGCCCAGACUGGCACCCGAAGAUGCCCAAGAUAAAAAUGCCCAAGAUCAGCAUGCCUGGCUUCAAAGGAGAGGGCCCAGAAGUGGAUGUGAACCUUCCCAAGGCCGACAUUGAUGUCUCAGGACCCAAGGUGGACGUUGAUAUUCCAGAUGUGGAUAUUGAAGGUCCAGAUGUGAAACUGAAGGGCCCCAAGUUCAAGAUGCCUGAGAUGAACAUCAAAGCCCCCAAGAUCUCCAUGCCUGACUUUGAUUUGCACCUGAAAAGUCCUAAGGUGAAAGGAGAUGUGGAUGUUUCUGUGCCUAAGGUGGAAGGUGACCUAAAGGCCCCUGAAGUUGACAUCAGAGGUCCCAAAGUGGACGUUGAUGUCCCUGAUGUGGAUGUUCAAGGCCCAGACUGGCACCUGAAGAUGCCCAAGAUAAAAAUGCCCAAGAUCAGCAUGCCCAGCUUCAAGGGAGAAGGCCCUGAAGUGGAUGUGAACCUGCCCAAGGCUGACAUUGAUGUCUCAGGACCCAAGGUGGACAUAGACACUCCUGACAUUGAUGUUCAUGGUCCAGAAGGGAAACUGAAGGGCCCCAAGUUUAAAAUGCCUGACCUGCACCUCAAGGCACCCAAGAUCUCCAUGCCUGAAGUUGACCUGAAUCUGAAGGGCCCCAAGGUAAAGGGUGAUGUGGAUGUUACUCUGCCCAAAGUUGAAGGUGACCUCAAGGGCCCUGAAGUUGAUGUCAAAGGUCCCAAAGUGGACAUUGAUGUUCCAGAUGUGGAUGUGCAUGGCCCAGACUGGCACCUGAAGAUGCCUAAGGUGAAAAUGCCCAAGAUCAGCAUGCCUGGCUUCAAAGGAGAGGGCCCAGAAGUGGAUGUGAACCUGUCUAAAGCUGACAUUGAUGUCUCAGGACCCAAGGUUGACAUUGAUGUUCCAGACGUGAAUAUUGAAGGUCCAGAUGCGAAACUGAAGGGCCCCAAGUUCAAGAUGCCGGAGAUGAACAUCAAAGCUCCUAAGAUCUCCAUGCCUGGCAUUGACUUAAACCUGAAAGGACCCAAAGUAAAGGGAGAUGUGGAUGUUUCUCUGCCUAAGGUGGAAGGUGACCUCAAGGGCCCGGAAGGUGACCUCAAGGGCCCCGAAGUUGACGUCAAGGGCCCCAAAGUGGACAUUGAUGUCCCAAAUGUGGACGUUCAUGGCCCAGACUGGCAUCUGAAGAUGCCUAAGGUGAAAAUGCCCAAGUUCAGCAUGCCUGGUUUCAAAGGAGAGGGCCCUGAAGUGGAUAUGAACCUGCCUAAGGCUGACAUUGACGUCUCAGGACCCAAGGUGGAUGUUGAUGUUCCAGAUGUAAAUAUUGACGGUCCAGAUGCAAAACUGAAGGGCCCUAAAUUCAAGAUGCCGGAGAUGAACAUAAAAGCCCCUAAAAUCUCCAUGCCUGACCUUGACUUUAACCUGAAGGGCCCCAAAAUGAAGGGUGAUGUUGAUAUCUCUCUGCCCAAAGUUGAGGGUGAUCUCAAGGCCCCUGAGGUGGACAUCAAGAGCCCCAAACUGGACAUUGACACUCCUGAUAUCAAUAUUGAAGGUCCAGAUGGAAAACUGAAGGGGCCUAAAUUUAAGAUGCCAGAGAUGAACAUUAAAGCCCCCAAGAUCUCCAUGCCUGACUUUGACUUAAGUCUGAAAGGGCCAAAGGUAAAGGGGGAUGUGGACUUUUCACUGCCUAAGGUAGAAGGUGAUCUGAAAGGGCCAGAGGUGGACAUUGAAGGUCCUGAAGGGAAAUUCAAAGGACCCAAAUUUAAGAUGCCUGAUGUCCAUUUUAAAACCCCACAAAUCUCCAUGAGUGAUAUUGAUUUGAACUUGAAAGGACCUAAGAUAAAAGGAGAUUUUGAUGCUUCCAUCCCUAAACUGGAAGGAGAUCUGAAAGGCCCCAAAAUGGAUGUUAAAGGCCCUAAGCUGGAUAUAGACACUCCUGAUUUUGACAUUAAUGGUCCAGAAGGGAAACUGAAGGGCCCCAAGUUUAAAAUGCCUGACCUGCAUCUCAAGGCGCCCAGGAUCGGUGUGCCUGGCUUCAAAGGAGAGGGCCCUGAAGUGGAUGUGAACCUGCCCAAGGCUGACAUUGACGUCUCAGGACCCAAGGUGGACAUUGCUGUUCCAGACGUGGAUAUUGAAGGUCCCGAUGCGAAACUGAAGGGCCCCAAGUUCAAGAUGCCAGAGAUGAAUGUCAAAGCUCCUAAGAUCUCCAUGCCUGGCAUUGACUUAAACCUGAAAGGACCCAAAGUAAAGGGAGAUGUGGAUGUUUCUCUGCCUAAGAUGGAAGGUGACUUCAAGGGCCCUGAAGUGGAUGUCAAGGGCCCCAAAGUGGACAUUGAUGUUCCAGAUGUGGACGUUCAUGGCGCAGACUGGCAUCUGAAGAUGCCUAAGGUGAAAAUGCCCAAGUUCAGCAUGCCUGGCUUCAAAGGAGAGGGCCCAGAAGUGGAUGUGAACCUGCCUAAGGCUGACAUUGACGUCUCAGGACCCAAGGUGGACGUUCCAGACGUGAAUAUUGAAGGUCCAGAUGCGAAACUGAAGGGCCCCAAGUUCAAGAUGCCAGAGAUGAACAUCAAAGCUCCUAAGAUCUCCAUGCCUGAUGUUGACCUGGAUUUGAAAGGAUCCACAGGCAAAGGAGAUUUCGAUGUGUCUGUCCCUAAGAUUGAAGGGACUUUCAAAGGCCCAGAAGUAGACCUUAUAGGUCCAGGUCUGGAUUUUGAAGGCCCUGAUGCCAAACUCAGUGGCCCAUGUUUGAAGAUGCCCUCACUGGAUAUAUCUGCCCCUAAAGUAACCGCACCUGAUACUGAUUUGCAUCUUAAGGCACCCAAAAUUGGAGUUUCUGGUCCCAAAUUAGGAGGCGGUGAACUGGACCUCAAGGGACCCAAAGUUGAUUUAGAAGCUCCAAGCUUAGAUGUACACGUGGAGAGCCCAGAUAUUAACACUGAGGGGCCAGAUGUGAAAAUUCCGAAAUUUAAGAAACCCAAGUUUGGGUUCGGGGCAAAAAGCCCCAAAGCUGACUUCAAAUCCCCUUCACUUGAUGUGACAGUUCCUGAGGCAGAGCUGAAUGUUGAGGCUCCUGAAAUGAGUGUUGGUGGCAAGGGCAAGAAAAGUAAGUUUAAAAUGCCUAAACUUCACAUGAGUGGGCCUAAAAUUAAGGCCAAAAAACAAGGAUUUGAUUUGAAUGCUCCUGGGGGUGAGAUCGAUGCCAGUCUCAAGUCUCCCGAGGUAGACGUCAACGUUGCAGGGCCCGAUGCCUCACUUAAAGUCGACAUGAAAUCUCCCAAGACCAAGAAACCUAUGUUUGGAAAAAUGUACUUUCCAGAUGUAGAAUUCGACAUUAAGUCACCUAAAUUUAAAGCUGAAGCUUCCCUCCCUGGCCCCAAAAUGGGGGGUGAAAUCCAGGCACCUGAUCUGGAUAGUUCCUCACCAGGGAUUCAUGUGGAAGGUCCUGACCUCAAGCUGAAGGCUCCCAAGUUCAAGGUGCCAGGUGUGGAUGUCUCAGGGCCAAAAAUAGAGGGCGACUGGAAAGGCCCCAGGGUGCAGGCAAACUUGGAUGCAUCUGACAUCAACACUGAAGGCCCAGAUGCUAAAGUCAAAGCACCAUCAUUCAGCAUUUCUGCCCCUCAAGUCCCCAUCCCUGAUGUGAAUGUUAACUUGAAAGGACCAAAGAUAAAGGGUGACAUCCCCAGUGUGGGACUGGAAGGACCAGAUGUAGAUCUGCAAGGUCCAGAAUCGAAAAUUAAGUUCCCCAAGUUUUCGAUGCCCAAGAUCGGCGUCCCUGGUGUGAAGAUGGAGGGUGGGGGAGCUGAGGUCCAGCUGCCCUCUCUAGAAGGAGGCUUGAGCGCACCAGAUGUUAAGCUUGAAGGGCCCGAUGUGUCUCUGAAAGGGCCAAAAGUAGACUUGCCUUCAGGGAACCUCUCUGCGCCAAAAGUCUCUGGACCUGACCUUGACCUGAACUUGAAAGGACCAAGUUUGAAGGGAGGCCUGGAUGUAUCUGUUCCCAGCAUGAAGGUGCAUGCUCCCGGGCUUGACCUCAGAGGUGUCGGUGGAGAGGUGAAGGUGGAAGGUGAUGGUGUGAAAGUGCCUGGAAUUGAUUCCACAGCAGUGCUUGAUGUCGGUGCGCCAGAUGUGACCCUGAAGGGACCAAGCCUGCAGGGAGACCUGGCUGUCUCUGGUGACAUCAAGUGUCCUGAAGUAUCAGUAGGUGCUCCUGAUCUAAGCUUGGAGGCACCUGAAGGUGGUAUCAAACUUCCUAAGAUGAAGCUGCCCCAGUUUGGCAUCUCUGCUCCAGGGUCCGACUUGGACAUCAGCGUCAAGGGGCCACAAGCUGCUGGAGAACUAAAGGGGCCCGGCAUAGAUUUGAACCUCAGAGGCCUGAACCUGAAAGGGCCUCAGAUCUCUGGCCCUCAAAUCUCAGCACCAGAUGUGGACUUGAACUUGGAAGGACCAAAAGUAAAAGGCAGCCUCGGGGCCAGUGGUGAGAUGAAAGGCCCCACGGUUGGAGGAGGUCUUCCAGGCAUCAGUGUUCAAGGCCUAGAAGGAAACCUCCAAAUGCCUGGAAUUAAGUCAUCCAGAUGUGAGGCGGAGCUGCCAGGUGUGAAUGUGAAACUCCCAACCGGGCAUAUUUCUGGUCCUGAAAUCAAAGGUGAUCUGAAAGGUUCAGGAAUAGGUUUCCACGGGGCCUUUCCUGACAUUGGCAUGAAAGGGCCUUCAUUUAACGUGGCAUCUCCUGAGUCAGAUUUUGGUGUCAGCUUGAAGAGCCCGAAAAUCAAAGGAGGCAUGGAUGUUUCAGGGGGUGUCAGUGCCCCAGAUACCAGCCUGGGUGAGGGGCAUGUGAGCGUCAAAGGUUCCGGGGGGGAGUGGAAAGGACCCCAGGUCUCCUCUGCUCUCAACUUGGAUGCACCUAAGUUUGCCGGAGGACUUCAUUUCUCAGGACCAAAGAUAGAAGGAGGUGUCAAAGGAGGCCAGGUUGGACUUCAGGGUCCUGGGCUGAGCGUGUCUGGGCCUCAAGGUCACUUGGAAAACGGAUCUGGAAAAGUAACAUUCCCCAAGAUGAAGAUCCCCAAGUUCACCUCUGGCCAUGAGCUGGUUGGCAGAGAAGUAGGGGUGGAUAUUAACUUCCCUAAAGCGGAGGCCAGUGUCCAGUCUGGUGCCGGAGAGGGCGAGUGGGAAGAGUCUGAUGUAAAACUUAAAAAGUCCAAAAUCAAAAUGCCCAAGUUCAGCUUUUCCAAACCUAAAGGGAAAGCUGGUGUCACCGGCUCACCGGAAGCAUCCAUUUCAGGGUCCAAAGGUGACCUGAAGAGCUCCAAGGCCAGCCUAGGCUCUCUGGAAGGAGAGGCAGAAGUCGAAACAGCUUCGCCCAAAGGCAAAUUCUCCUUAUUCAAAAGCAAGAAGCCACAGCACCGCUCAAAUUCCUUCAGUGAAGAAAGGGAGCAUUCUGCAUCUUCUACCCCUCCGGGAACUUUGGAGUUCGAAGGUGGGGAAGUGUCGCUGGAAGGCGGGAAAGUCAAAGGGAAACAUGGGAAGCUGAAAUUUGGUACCUUUGGUGGGUUGGGGUCAAAGAGCAAAGGUCAUUAUGAGGUCACUGGGAGUGAUGAUGAGGCAGGCAAGUUACAGGGGAGUGGAGUGUCCUUGGCCUCUAAGAAGUCCCGACUGUCAUCUUCUUCUAGCAGUGACAGUGGGACUAAGGUUGGCAUCCAGCUUCCCGAGGUGGAGCUGGCAGUUUCCACAAAGAAAGAGUAGCAGGCCUCUGUGUGUGUGUGUACAUAUAUGUAUAAAAAUACAUCAGCCUGGGGUGUGUUUGUAUAUAAACUCCAAAGAGAAACACGCCGCCGACAGCCUCAGCAGCAACGCAAACAUCUGGCCUCUGGCAGGGGCAAGCGCUGAAAAGCCAAGCGCCUUUAGGCUCCUCCUGGAGCUUUACAGAUAGGUAAAGAGUUCUAAGUUCUUCGUCCAGCCCGUGUGCAAAGUCAACAGUAUUUGCCUUAAGUUUUCAGUGUUUUUUUUUUUUUUUUUUGCAUUGAACGCUGAGAGCUCCUGUUUACUAAGCAAGCUUUUGUGUUUAUUAUCCUCAUUUUUACUGAACAUUGUUAGUGUUGGGGUCAUGGAAACCCACUUUUUCAUUGUAAUGACUUUUGGGGCUUAUGUUAGUAAGGGUGGGGGGUGGAGAAGGCAGUAGAGGGGGCCCAGACCUUCAUUUCUCCUACCGUCAGAUCUACUCAAACAGGAAACACCCAAAGAUGGCUGAGAGGAUCCGCCAGGCAGAGCACGUGGGUGUUUCUAGAACUCCUUAGCGUUGCUUUUUCUUCCCUAGGGGUGGCGGUCCCAGCCCAUUUGGUGCUCACGGUGAGAGGGAAUUUAGAAUCUGUUUGCAAAUUAGUCAACCCACCAACUCAACAGGAGGGCCUUCCAUUCUGUGUGUUGUAAGAGAAAUGUUUUCUUUGUGAUCGCCACGUUCCUGAUAUUAAUUCUGAUUUCUUUUAACAAAUGUUAUUGUGAUUAAGAAAAUUUCCAGCACUUUAAUGGCAAAUUAAUUGAGAAUGUAAGAAAAUUGAUGCUGUCAAGGGCAAAUAAAGCUGUUUAUUAACCCGGA